GUCCCUGAGGCUGGGCUGGCCUGGUAGGUGGACAUGGGUGGUACAUGGGACCCUAGAGCAGGACCUCAAGGCCAGACAAGGAUCCAGGCAUACUGGUCAGCUGCCUCUGUUGAGCACCAACUGUGUCCUGGUCAUCAGCCCAUGAUCCCAUAUCCCCACCCCAAAGAUGUUGCAGAGUCCCAGGCCAUGGGUCGACCUUGGGCCUCAGUUCCCCCAUCUGCUGUCAGCUGUGAGACUCCUAUAAUGGAUGCCUGGAUGGUGGUUGAGGGAGUCUGGACACAAGAGGAGGUGGUGGGAUGUGUGUACACAUGCAAGUGCCUCUGUGGAUGGUGGGCACUGUGUACUUAGUGCUGUUAGGAGAGCACACAAACUGAUUUACUCAGGCCUAUGGGCCAGGCUGGCUUCUCAUGCACACGUGUGUCCCUGUUAUAAGGACCAGGUACAUGCACAUGUGUGUCCAGGUCCCUGUCUGCAUGACUGUGCCCAGGCAUAUGUAGUGGGGGCCAGGCCUUCCCAUGAUCUCUGGUGACUCAGGCUCCUGCCUGCCUGCCUGCCUGCUUGGGUGAAGUCAUCUCCUGUAUUUAGCUCCCUGAGGUCAUUUGCCAGCAGGGGCUCUUGGUGCCUCAGGAUCGUGCAACAGGGCUGCCCGGACUGGGUGUUUGUGGGUGAUGCUACAGAACGGUCAGGCCUUAUUGGAGGGCUUUGGCUUUCCUGGACACCCCACCCCCUCAUCCUCCUGACUUCACUGUAUCAGAACCUCACCACAGGUCUGAGUGAGAGGAAUAAGCUGGACCACAGAGUAACAUUGGGGUCUGAGAUGUGCUCCCCCCAUUCCAGCCAGGGAGUAGGGGCUCUUCUGAGAGUGAUAAUGUAUGCAAAUGUAUGCAAACCUACUGAGGGGCCAUAUCUCACUGGCAGUGUAGUGUCCUGGGCAACAGUUCUGGUUCCCUUCUGUCAGUCUUGCGUCUUGUCCUGCCCUGACACUUGCAGCCACCAGAGCAAGGCCUGAGGCCCCUCCAUGCCUGUCCCUCCCGAGCCCAGCAGAAAGAAUUCAGUCCUUGCCACCACACAUUUGUUCUGUACUUGCUAAAUACAGAUGGGGCACCCUAGGCCCCAGCAGUGACAGGCUGUUCCUGAACCUUCUCCUGUUCCAGAACUGUCCUGGCUCCCCAGUGCCCUCCAAGAAGUGCUCAGGCCACCCUGCCUGGCAGCCCAUCAGCAUGUCUCUACUCUGGGCCUCAGUUUACUUCUCUCCCAGGAAACUGUGCUCCUCCUCCCUGGCCAGGUUUCCAACAGUCACUCCACCUGCAUCCCAGGACUGAGAAGGUGACAGCCAAGGCUGUGGCCCACAGGGGUGAGGUGUGGCUAAAAGGCUUUGCAAAAUUGCUUUCUAUGCAAAAUUGCCUUCUGUACGGAUGCCUGAAAUUAGCAGUUUGUGAAGUUUUAGGUAGAGCUUCUCUCUUCUGUCAGGCCUGUUUCCCUUUUAUAAAAUCACAUGUUUUCUUCUGCUUGGGAUGGGGUAGGGGUGUGCAUUCUGUGGCCUCUUCCUUCCUGUGUUGCCAGAGGCCGAGGGAUGCACCUGUCCUAUCAUAUUGGUUCAGGGCCCUCCCUGGAUCCUUGAAGAGGACCCAGAGCUUCAACACUACAAGCAGUGGGGAGGGCUCAAGCAUUCCUUCAGGACAGGACCCCAACCUGGGAAAAUGUCACACCCUGAGGACCUCAGGAGGCAGCACCUAAAGGCAGCUCUGACUAUCUUUCCCUGCAUAACUCCGAGGCCCAGAGACAGGAGCCAGAGUAGGGCUCUGAGGCCACACAGAUGCAGUUGGGAGCUUCUGGCCUUCCCUGGGCCUCAACUCCAUGUCUGUGCAGGCCUGCCUGGGGCUCCCACAGGGGACCCAUCUGGCAAGGCCUGGGGCCUGGGCCGCAAAGCAGAGCCUGUUCUUCUGCUGACCCAGCCCUGGCUGUCCAGGAAUGCACUCCCCAUUGCCCGCCUCCUGUGGCUUGGGUUUCAACUCCUACCCAUCCUGGCCAGAUGCUGACCUUGAGACGUUGGUCCUGUGUGGGUGACCCAUGUGGUCAGAGACCCAGGGAUAGACUCUUGACCCCUGUGCCACUCAGCACAGCAGGAGUCUGGCCAGCUCUGCUGAGGGCUGGGCUGUCCUCUUUGAGCCUCAGUUUCCCCACUGGCUAGUAGGCAUAUGGGUCUUUGAAGGGCCUCUGUCCAGAGCCAUCUUAUCUGGAAUUCCACCAUGGUUAUCCCCUGCAGGGGUGAUGGAAAGGCAAGGGGGGCACAGGUUGAGAAUGAGGCAGGUGAUCGGGAGCUGAGGGCCAUGGUUGGGGAGACCUGGGGUGAUGGACAGGGAGGCGACAUUGGUGUUCUUGUCAAGGACAAGCUAGGUACUCUUGGCCUGAACCCACUCUGGGCUCUCUGACAUGACACCCAAGGUCUUAGUGACGGUAGGGCCAGGACUUGCCCACUCAACACCCCAAGAGUGUCUGGGCCGGAAGGAGUGUGAGGGUAUUUUGGUGCUCUGAGUGCACAGGGCAUUCUGGGAGCUGGGUAUUUCUGGCCUGCGAGGGUGUCUAGCUGGCCUUAGGGCUGGGGGGUGGGGUGGAGCCUAGGCAUGGUCCAGGCAAUUGGUGAACUACUGAAACUGCCACCCUAAGGCCACUAAACAUUUCUGAGGUGGGGCAGGGAGGAGGCCCAGGACACCUGGAGAACAUCCAGUGGGUUCCUUCUGGCCUCCUUGCGCCUCCAGGAGCCUGCUGCUGUCAGGCCUCGCAGCUAAGACACAGCCACCAGCCCCUGGGGACCCCUUGGGAUGGGGCAACAGGGCAGGGUCAGCCCCUCUGUUCAGAAGCAGAGACAUGCUGUUGUCCUCAUAGUGGGACUAAAACAGGUCCUAGGGUGAGUGGGUUCUGGGGAUGGAAUGAAGUCAUUCCUGGCAUCCAGGCUAGCACCUUCCUACGCUCUAGGGUGGGUUGAGCACUGGGUUUUCCCACCAACACCCACACCCCUCACCCAGGAGCAGAGCCCAGGCAGCCAGGUCUCACUGGCCACAAUGCCGGAGGCGCCUGAGGUGCUGGAGGAGACAGUGACGGUGGAGGAGGACCCUGGCACUCCCACCUCCCAUGUGUCCAUUGUCAUGUCAGAAGACGGCACGACACGGCGCACGGAGACCAAGGUCACCAAGACGGUCAAGACGGUGACUACACGAACAGUGCGCCAAGUGCCCAUGGGCCCAGACGGCCUCCCCCUCCUGGAUGGUGGCCCCCCACUAGGGCACUUUGCCGAUGGCCCCCUGGACCGGCACUUCCUGCUGCGUGGGGGUGGCCCAGCGGCCACACUCUCUCGAACCUACCUCAGCAGUGGGGGUGGCUUUCCUGACAGCCCUGAGCCCCGGGAUGUCCCCAGCUAUGGCAGCCUGUCCCGUGGGCUGGGUGUGCGGCCCUCUCGUGGUGGCUCCCUUGGCCCCGGCCCUGGUGAUGGCUGCUUCACACUGCCUGGCCGCCGUGAAGCCUUCACCGAGGGCCCUGAGCCAGUGCUGCCAGCCGGUCGCUCCCAGCCCGAGCGCUUCCAGGCAGAGCCAUAUGGCUUGGAGGACGACACACGCAGUCUGGCUGCUGAUGACGGGGGUGGCCCGGAGCUGGAGCCUGACUAUGGCACGGCCACGAGGAGGAGGCCUGACUGUGGGCGGGGCCUUCGCACUAGGGCCUAUGAGGAUGUGGCAGAUGAUGGCGGUGAGCUGAUGGAGGAGAGGCCCCCAUUCCCAGCCAUGACAGCACCCUUGGCCCAGCCAGAACGGGGCAGCCUGGGCAGCCUGGACCGGAUGGUGCGGCGCUCACCGUCUGUCGACAGCGCCCGCAAAGAGCCACGUUGGCGGGACCCUGAGCUACCUGAGGUACUGGCCAUGCUGCGGCACCCUGUGGACCCCGUGAAGGCCAAUGCGGCUGCCUACCUGCAGCACCUGUGCUUUGAGAAUGAGGGUGUCAAGCGGCGUGUGAGGCAGCUGCGGGGGCUGCCCCUGCUUGUGGCUCUGCUGGACCACCCGAGGGCAGAGGUGCGGCGCCGGGCCUGUGGGGCACUGCGCAACCUCUCCUACGGCCGAGACACUGACAACAAGGCGGCCAUCCGGGACUGCGGUGGCGUGCCCGCCCUGGUGCGCCUGCUGCGGGCCGCCCGGGACAAUGAGGUCCGAGAGCUUGUCACAGGCACACUCUGGAACCUGUCAUCCUACGAGCCCCUGAAGAUGGUCAUCAUUGACCAUGGCCUACAGACACUGACCCACGAGGUCAUUGUGCCCCAUUCGGGCUGGGAGCGAGAGCCCAAUGAGGACUCCAAGCCACGGGAUGCCGAAUGGACGACUGUCUUCAAGAACACAUCAGGCUGCUUGAGGAACGUGAGCUCAGAUGGUGCAGAGGCCCGGCGGCGACUUCGGGAGUGUGAAGGGCUGGUGGACGCACUCCUGCAUGCCCUUCAGUCAGCCGUGGGCAGAAAGGACACGGACAACAAGUCGGUGGAGAACUGCGUAUGCAUCAUGCGGAACCUGUCCUACCACGUGCACAAGGAGGUGCCCGGGGCCGACAGAUACCAGGAGGCCGAACCUGGGCCCCUUGGCAGUACUGUGGGCUCCCAGCACCGGAGGCGGGAUGAUGCUGGCUGCUUCGGUGGCAAGAAGACCAAAGGGAAGAAGGAUGGGGAGAUGGAACGAAACUUUGACACUUUGGACCUGCCCAAGAGAACCGAGGCCGCCAAAGGCUUUGAGUUGCUGUACCAGCCCGAGGUGGUACGUCUCUACCUCUCACUCCUCACGGAGAGCCGGAACUUCAACACCCUGGAGGCUGCGGCUGGUGCCCUACAGAACCUCAGUGCUGGCAACUGGAUGUGGGCCACAUACAUUCGCGCCACAGUGCGCAAGGAGCGGGGUCUGCCGGUGCUGGUGGAGCUGCUGCAGUCCGAGACUGACAAGGUGGUGCGCGCUGUCGCCAUUGCCUUGCGCAACCUUUCGCUGGACCGACGCAACAAGGACCUCAUUGGGAGCUACGCCAUGGCAGAGCUGGUACGGAAUGUGCGCAAUGCGCAGGCUCCAGCGCGACCCGGGGCCCGCUUGGAGGAGGACACUGUGGUGGCUGUGCUCAACACCAUCCACGAGAUCGUGUCUGAUAGCCUAGACAAUGCACGCUCCCUGCUGCAGGCCCGUGGUGUGCCAGCGCUGGUGGCCCUUGGUGCCUCCAGCCAAUCAGUGCGAGAGGCGAAGGCUGCGUCCCACGUGCUGCAGACUGUGUGGAGCUACAAGGAGCUGCGUGGUGCCCUGCAGAGGGAUGGCUGGACCAAAGCACGCUUCCAGUCAGCUGCUGCUAAUGCCAAGGGGCCCAAGGGAGCACUGAGUCCUGGAGGUUUUGAUGAUAGCACGCUGCCACUGGUGGACAAGAGCCUCGAUGGUGAGAAGCCAGGCAGCCGGGAUGUGAUCCCCAUGGAGGCCCUUGGCCCAGAUGGAUACUCCACGAUGGACCAGAGGGAGUGGAGGGCUCGAGGCAGUGCCCCCACAGGGGAGACCUCUGAGAAGGAACCUUUAAAACCUGACCCCAUCAGGAAGGCUCCUCCUCCAGGGCCCAGCAGGCCCGCAGUCAGGCUGGUGGACGCUGUGGGGGACGCUAAACCUCAACCCGUUGACUCCUGGGUCUAGCUUGCAUGCCUGGGCCUGGGCCCAGCCUUUCAUUCUUAGGAAUCUGAUCAUGGGAAGAAGGGAACUCUAGGGCCAGCCUGCACAGACCCAGCUGCGGAGCCCAGAGCCCCCUGGUGGCAGGGGUUGGCAGCGCUUCUGCGCGGGAGUCAAGGCUGAACUUUCUGGACACGCUUCCCUUCCCACCCCCUGGCUCCCUCCCUCCUAACUCCCUAGGCAGAGUUAGCUGUUUACUGACAUGGUGCUGUGUGCAUGGUGCUGUGUGCAAGUGAGAGAGAAGGCUGGUGGGGCUGCAGGGCAGGGUCUAGGGAGGUGAUAGGAGAGGGGGCGUGGCUUUGCUUUGGGGUCAGAGGAAUAGGAGUGUGCCCCUGUAUGUGUAGUGCCCCAGAAGAGCUGGGCAGUUGGCCCUGGGGACAGGCAGCUGGGCAGGUAGGGGCGCUCAGAAGGAGUUUGACUCUGGAGGGAUGGAGGGGAUCCCCCGGGUCCCAACUCCCCCGCCCUGUGUGGCAAGCCAACCACUGGGCUGGUCUAGGGGGGCUGAUCCUGCAGAGAGGAUUGGAGACAGUGAGAUGGGGGUCAGGGUGUUCUUGCCCCCACCCUGCCCUUGGAUGUGUGGAACCCCAGUGCAGUGGGAGCCUUCCUAAGUGACACUGGCCCUGGCGCAGUUUCUGCAUCCUGUCCACCAGAGCCCUGGGGACUGACACCUCUGGGACUGACCCUCAGCAGCAGUGGGGGGACUGCUGUUCAGUGCCUGCUGUUUGUGACUUCAAAACAGAAGAAAAACACUGACAAAAAGCAUUAAAAACAAAACCAAAAUAAGACUGUAUUGGUAAACACGUAAAUUUUUGUAAGAAAAUUUAAAAAUUAAAAAAAGCAACAAAGGAACUUCUUUCAUGGCUCAGA